AUGUCCGAUGGCUCAGACUCAGACUCCACCGACAUCGAGUUCUUCCGGGCACUACCCGAUGACACAUAUGAAGCCAUCAGGUCAGAGGCCAGUGCUAUCCGGAGGAUCAUAAAAGAACAGAAGGAACUUCCCUUCAGGGUGAUCAAAUACUACUACUUCGAAAUGUCUCGCCGCAACACUACGCGGAUAUCACAUCAGCCAUGGCAGAAGGCGCAGUCGAUCCAUCCGGUAGGGUCCAAACGCGUCCGAGGUGUGUCUUCUUCAAAGCAGGCAGACGAUUCGUGGGCCCUUACGCAACCUGUUCCAGGUCGCAAUGCAAAAUGGCCGACCGUUGGGGUCGAAGUUGGAGUCUCUGAGACAUAUCGAAAGUUGAAGGCAGAUGCAUGGUGGUGGUGGCUUACAAACUCAAAGGGCGAUGUGAAGCUUGUGAUUAUCGUAUCUAUCAAUCGACAGAAACCUAAAAUUAAGAAGUCAUCGGUUUACAAUAUCUAUAAUCAGUGGUUGAAGUACAGUCAACUUCGUCUUCCUAUUGUAGACAAGCUUAUAGUAAUGCCUCAGGCGCCAACACCUCCCCGAAUCUUCCCUCACAGAAUUCACAUCCUCCAACACACCAAGCAAACCAUAAUAAUGUCAUCCCUCAAAGACCAGCAAAGAUACCGAUCCGUGGAUCCCAAAACCCGGCCUCCACGUCCAAUUCAACAACCCGCUGCUUCGCGGCUCCCUAAGGGGGUGGAUGAUAUCCGGAAGACAAAGGAGUACAAGACUGCUGCACGGAGAUGGACAACGACUAUUGUCGGACUACCGAUUGUAAUAUAUACAUCAUGGAUUCUUUAUGAGCGACUCUAUCUUGGCAAGAGUCCUAAAAGUCGGGAAGAUCAGAAACAGAAGGAUUAA